AUGAGUCUCCGAGUUCCGCUUCGCAGAACUGCCUCCAGCAAUACGCAGGGAUCAACAAAAGCAGUGAUCCUUGUUGGAGGACCAAGUCGAGGUACUAGAUUCAGACCUCUGAGUUUGGAUGUUCCAAAGCCUCUUUUCGAAGUUGCCGGUCAUCCCAUCAUCUGGCACAACUUGACAGCAAUCGCCAAGGUCGAAAGUGUCAAGGAGGUAAUCCUCAUCGGAUACUACGACGAGAGUGUAUUUCGCGACUUUAUCAAAGACUCUUCCAAAGAGUUUCCGCAAUUUAAGAUCCAAUACCUACGAGAAUACCAGGCGCUUGGCACGGCAGGUGGUCUAUAUCACUUCCGAGAUGCUAUCCUCAAGGGCAAGCCAGAACGCUUCUUUGUCAUGAACGCCGACGUGUGCUGCUCAUUCCCACUUAAUGAUAUGCUCAAGUUGUUUGACGACAAGGACGCAGAAGUUGUGAUCUUAGGAACAAGAAUCAGUCCGGAGGCAGCCACCAACUUCGGUUGCAUUGUGUCAGAUGGUCACACGAAGCGAGUCCUCCAUUACGUCGAGAAGCCCGAAUCUCAAAUAUCCAACCUGAUCAACUGUGGUGUCUAUCUCUUCGCUACGGAAACCAUUUUCUCUGCCAUCCGAAGUACAAUUAAGCGACGCACCGAAAGACCACGACUAAUCGCCUACCCAUCUUCCGACAACCUCGAAAGCUCUUUCAUAGCUGAUGGUGAGGACGAUGAGAAUCCAAAAGAGGUUCUACGACUUGAACAGGACAUCUUGUCAGAUCUGGCGGAUAGCAAUCGAUUCUUUGUGCAUGAGACCAAGGACUUCUGGCGGCAGAUCAAGACGGCAGGAUCGGCGGUACCAGCAAAUGCUCUGUACCUGGCCAAGGCAUUUCAGAACCAGUCUGAAGAAAUCGCAAAGCCAUCAGGUACAAUUCUACCACCCGUCUUCAUCCACCCAACAGCCGAUGUCGAUCCAACCGCCAAACUUGGACCAAACGUGUCGAUUGGGCCACGCGUAACGAUUGGACCAGGUGUUCGGAUUCGAGACUCGAUCGUGCUGGAAGACGCAGAGAUCAAACACGAUGCUUGUAUCCUCUACUCGAUCAUCGGAUGGUCCAGCAAGAUCGGAGCUUGGGCACGUGUUGAGGGUACUCCUACGCCUGUGACGAGUCACAGCACCAGCAUUGUCAAGAAUGGGGUCAAAGUUCAAAGUAUCACAAUUCUUGGCAAGGAGUGCGGUGUAGCCAAUGAGGUGCGAGUGCAGAAUUGUGUGUGCUUGCCUAACAAGGAGCUCAAGAGAGAUGUCGUCAACGAGGUGAUCAUGUAA